UGUGUAUUGAAUGAGCACUUAGUGGGUUGCGAAACGCGAUACGAUUCGAUUGAACUUUAAGGCGAAUUGUAAUUUUUUUUUAAAAUGACAAAGGAUAUUUCUGUUCCAGACCAUGUCUGGGAUAUGAUUUUUAGGAAAAUAAAAAGUCCUUCUCUGCUGAUGAAACUCCGUGAAGUUAAUAAAUAUUUUAGCGAAAAAAUAAAUGGUAUUUUUGAAGACACGUGUAUGUGGAAAAAUCUUUGUACUCCGAGGAUCGAAAGUUGGAUUUAUAAUAUUUUGAAACUAAAAUAUCCUUACAGUAUUCAUCGAGGAACUGAUGUUUUGUCCCAUAAAAAUUUCAAAGAUCAUUACAUAAGUUUUCAAAAGUGGCGGCGAGUAUUAACUUUGGCGAAGCCAAAAAUAAAUGUCAAUUAUCAAAAAUUUUUUAGAGAAAAUGAGGAAAUAACUUGCAAUCAUGUCUUUGCUAAUUAUAUAAUUUUCGGAACUAAUCUCGGACGGGUACAUUAUGCUGAAAUUUCAAGACCAGAUUUACUUUUUAUGACAGCGAAAUUUAAAAAUCCCAUUAGAGAAAUUAAAUUUUGGUUUACUGAUAGUGAAAAUAUUAUCAUUGUUAUUGUGACAGAAAGGAAUGAGUUAAAAUUUUGGCAUUGGAGUAGAAACAUCGAAAUUUCAUCUUUAAUGUCUUAUACCGUUCAACACAUAGAUGUUGGUCUAGACAAUCGAUGUUUUGUUGUAAACAACCUUGUCAUCACGGAAUUUAAAUAUGAGAACAAUCGACUAUUUCCUAUGAGACAAUGUCGAAUUCCUUAUGAUAAUUUAGCUGAAUCAAGAUUUCUUUCAAUGUACAACCUGAGCGAUAAAUUCAUAGUCAUGGUAAAAAAUAGAGAAGUCAUUAAUGUAUAUGAGACAAAUUUUCCCAGCACAUAUUCAGAAAAUUUGAUUUUGGAAGAAUCAUAUACAAGUAACUAUAACAUGACUUUUGAUGAAAAUAAAUAUAUUGCAUCUUCUAUACCAACAAAAGAGUCUGGAUUUGUCAUGAACGAAGAAGAAAUACUAGUUACUGAUAAAUAUUCGGGACAAAAAUGGAUACAUUAUAAAUUAAACAAACGAAAUACCGAUGCGACGAAGGGUAAACUUGUAUACGGUUCUAUGUUUGCGAAUAUUUAUUUCCUUUGUUGGGAUCGAGGAUCGGUUGAUAAAGUUACUAUCAAGAAAACUAAAAAUAGAACCGGCUUCGUAAUGAAAAAGUUUAAAAAGUCACUGACGUUUAACGAACCAAUCAUCGCUAUUAAUUUUACAGAAUCAAAUAAUAAUUCGUAUGCCAUUUUUACUACUAAAAGAUCAUCAUAUUAUUUAACUAAAUAAUUAACGAAUACUUUUAAUAUAUAAUUUAAAUACUUUUGCUUACUGAUUUAUAUUUAAUCAAGUGUAUAAUCAUAUUUAUAAUUUAAAUAAAUAAUUUUUUAAAUUAAUAACGUGUUUAAUUA